AACAAACAAUAUGCAAGUAAAAAUGAGCAGUGUCAGCGUGUGGCAACAAAAACCUCACUCUUUCGUAAAAUCAUUAGUCGUUUAGGACCUCAGAAAAGAAACUGGCAUCCAGGUGCAUCAAACUUGACCCCUAAUGAUGUGGGAAUUGCAGGAGCAAGACCAGUACGCUACAUUGACAUGAUCAAGUCAAUGCUGACAUAUAUAUGGCCAAAAAAUAACAUUUCAUUUCGUAUUCGUGUAAUUGUAGCCUUGGGGCUGCUAGUUGGUGCCAAGGCUCUCAAUGUAACAGUUCCCUUCAUAUUCAAGUAUGCUGUUGACUACCUCAAUCAACCUGCCAACUGGUUGGGCUUGGAGGAUCCUGGCCGAACUAUUUUGACUACAGCAUUUGCCAUAAUGUUAGGCUAUGGUUUGGCCAGAACUGGUGCAGCACUUUUUAAUGAGCUUCGUAAUGCAGUGUUCGCCAAAGUGGCUCAAAGCUCCAUACGUAAAGUGGCCAAAAACGUAUUUCUGCAUCUGCACUCUAUGGAUUUAAAUUUCCACCUGUCAAGGCAGACUGGUGCUUUGUCAAAGGCUAUUGACAGAGGAACCAGGGGUAUCAACUUUGUACUGAGCGCUCUCGUUUUCAAUGUAGCCCCUACAAUUUUGGAAGUUGGUUUUGUGAGUUCUGUUUUGUACUAUCAGUGUGGAGGCAAGUUUGCUGCCGUUACCCUUGGCUGUGUUGCAUCUUAUGCUGUGUUCACAUUUGCUGUCACUCAGUGGAGGACCAAGUUUCGUAUGUUGAUGAAUAAAGCUGAUAAUGAGGCAGGAUCCAAAGCCAUAGAUUCCCUUAUAAACUAUGAAACUGUGAAGUAUUUCAACAAUGAGCAGUAUGAAGCUGAAAAAUAUGACAAACUUCUACAAAAGUACGAGAUUGCCUCCUUGAAGACCACAGAAAGCUUGGCCCUGUUAAACUGGGGACAGAAUGCCAUCUUUAGUGUUGGUCUCACAGCUGUUAUGGUAAUGGCUAGUCACAACAUCAUGGCAGGCACCAUGACUGUGGGUGAUCUUGUGAUGGUCAAUGGCUUGCUGUUUCAGCUGUCCCUACCGCUCAACUUUCUGGGCUCUGUCUACCGAGAAGUGCGCCAAUCUCUCAUUGACAUGCAUACAAUGUUCAGCUUGCUGAAUAUGUCCACAAGUAUUAAGAGUAAGCUGAAUGCUCCAGUACUCCAGGUUACACCAGGAGAGUCAACAAUCACAUUUCAAGAUGUAUACUUUGAGUAUGUAAAGGGACAUCGUAUCCUCAAUGGUCUCAACUUCACAGUGCCUUCAGGGAAGAAAGUUGCUAUAGUUGGAGGAAGUGGUUCUGGAAAGUCAACAAUUGUGCGCCUGUUGUACAGAUUCUAUGAUCCACAACAGGGAAGUAUAUUAAUCAAUGGACAACAAAUCGCAGAUGUGGAUCUGGAUAGUUUGAGGAGAGCUAUAGGUGUUGUACCUCAGGACUGUGUCUUGUUUCACGACACAGUGUAUCACAACAUUGCCUAUGGCAACCUGUCAGCUACAAAGGAGGAAGUCUAUAAAGCAGCUCAGAUGGCAGAAAUCCAUGAUGCCAUUGUGAAUCGUUUCCCACACAAGUAUGAUUCACAGGUGGGAGAAAGAGGUCUCAAGUUAUCAGGUGGAGAAAAGCAGAGAAUUGCCAUAGCCAGAACUAUCCUGAAGAAUCCGCCCAUUAUUGUGUACGAUGAGGCUACAUCUUCCCUGGACACAAUUACAGAACAGAAUAUUCUCGAAGCGCUGCGGCGGGUAACUUCUGGCAGAACCACUAUAGUGAUUGCCCAUAGACUGUCCACUGUGGUGGAUGCAGACCAGAUCCUGGUGCUGGACAAAGGCUGUGUGGUAGAGAAAGGCACACAUUACCAACUGAUAUCAAACCCAGACAGUUUGUACUCCCAGCUUUGGAGCAAACAGAGUGCUGUGACAAAUAAUGUUAAAGAACCAGCAACAGUCAGCAGCAAGGGGGAUAUUAACAGCAACAAUGUUAUUGAUGAGAAAGAUUCCAUACCACACUAA